GCAUUUUUCGGGAUAGCCCCCUUGUGCUUAAAAGGGACCAAUUUGUCACCGACUGGUCAACUUAGGUAAAGAGUGGGCCAAUGGGAGUGAAAGCGACCUACGCAACAUGAUCGGUACUUUUAUUGGAGGGACUAACAAUGACCACAAGUGAUUGGCUUAUCACGGCUUGUCCUCAGCAGUAGGAGCUGGACCCACGCAACAUAAUCAAUUAUUCGUUUUUUUCAUUGGAGAGACUAACAAUGACCACAGUGCUUUUGACAUCCUCAAUUGGUCAAUUCAAGAGAGGUUAGGUUCGUACCCAUCAUUCUGUCUGUCUCUGAUUGGGCUAAAAAGGAAUAUCAUCUAUUUUCUGGGCCAUGGCGAAUUCUAUCGAGGAUCUGGAGGGCCGGCGCCAUUUUGACUACAUCGUCAUCGGAUGUGGCGGGAUUGGCAGCGGGGCGCUCUACUGGCUGGCGAAGAGAGCCGGGCAUAACGUCCUUGGUUUAGAAAAAUUCGACCUUGGCCACUACAACGGCGGAUCUCAAGACGUCUCAAGGAUCAUUUCACAGUAGGCCCAGACAUGGAAGCCCUAUACCAAAAGGACGGCGGUAUAGUGGACGCAGCAAUGGGCAACUCCUUGCACAUACAGCUGGCCCAGGGCAGGGGCGCCAAGGUACUGGACAACUGCCCAGUCAACAGGAUCGCCAGGGCCCAGAACGGACAGCUAGAGGUCUCCACUCCUGCGGGAAACUUCACGUGCAAAAGGGUUAUCGUGGCCGCCGGCGCCUGGAUCAAUCACGUGAUCAGCUCUAUCGGAUGUCACGUGCCUGUCUACGUCACCGAGGAGAACGUGACCUACUUUGGCUCACCGCACGUGAAGGAAUUCACCAAAGACAAGUUCCCCAUCUUCAUGUACAGCAGCCCAGAGCGAGACAUCUACGCCCUCCCUGUGCACGCCAUCAGCGGCACCAAGAUAGGAAUUGACGCUCGCGGAUAUCUUGUCUCGGGGGACAAACGGACCUGGACACCGGACCCACACAAGUUGCAGAUCGUGCAGGAUGUUUUGAAGAAAAUGUGUCCGAAGUUCCUGGGUCCGGUGAUGCAGACAAAGACUUGCCUGUACACAAUGACUCCAGACCGGGACUUCCUCGUUGACACAGCGGCUCGCGCAGGAUUUCCCGAUGUUGUCGUCUGCUGCGGUGCUGGGCACGCCUACAAGUUCGCCAGCCUGCUAGGCAAGAUUCUCAGCGAGAUGGCGGUGGACGGAGGGACGCAGUACGACAUCUCUGGCUUCUCUUGGGAUAGAGAGGCUCUCACAAACCCAGACUUUAAGCCGCUCAUCUUUAUGGGAUACAAGAGCAAAAUGUAAACGCCUGUUUCCUUCACUGCAGGGAAACAUGUAGUAGUUUUGCAGUUUUGAUAAAGGGCGCUUAUCCAAAUUGUUCUCCCUUCAUCUUUAAGCCUACCGGGCUAAUUUGGUAAAAUCAAAUGUGGUAAACAUUUAAGCGUUUGUUUUCACCACGAAGGAUUGCUAUUGCAAAAUGAAAACAUCCCAUUGAUUGAAAAUCACCUACUGAAUAAAAGAAAUAGAAAUACUCU